AUGGCGAUCCAAAAUGUGGACGAUUUGGGCACUAAGAGAGCUUGUUCGGUGACUGACAGCGUUUUGAAGUCCGAAGUGUCAAACGCCAGUCUGAACAAAUACGCGGGCAAUCAGAAUAAAAAAGCCAAGGGUCAAAGAAAGGACGUGAAAAAUGUCAGAAAAAAUCCGUCAGGUGGAGACAAUAGAUAUUCGAUGUACACUGCUACAGCGUCGUUCAGAAGAGACGCGUAUUUUAGGAAAACUGUGGAGAAUUUAGCCAAAAAGAAAUUUAACGUGAAAUCGAAGUACAAAACUGCCACCUACAAGCACAGGCCUCCUCUACAAAAAGAGCCUGAUAUUCUCACCUUUCCCCGGCUGAAACUUUUGGGGGCUAAAAAGUCGGGUACCCGUCUCAACUCGCCCUUAAAUGAGGAUGCUAUCGAGACCAUGGUGGAAAAUGAUGAUGGGGAACCGGACAGUGCAGGAAACAAGGAUACAGAGGAGAAAAAUCAGCUUCAGGUAAGUCUAUAG